AUGUUCGAAAGUGUCGUGUCACCACCUCAGGUCCGUGGUCGGGUACCUCGGGUUCAACCAGCCCCAAGACCGGUCGCUGCGACCAAUAUCAUCGAUAUCCGCAGCGAUAAAGCAGAGACUCAGCUGCGCCAAUCGCUAGAGGCUUCCAUCCACGCGGCUUGUCACGGUGAGGCUGCCAUGCCAGAACUUCUCCUUUGGGAUGAACAGGGACUCCGCUAUUUUGAAGACGUGACGUACGCCCCGUCGUACUACCUGACCAAUGAAGAAAUUGGCCUACUUGAAAAGCACAAAUACCAGAUCGCACAACACAUUCCGUCCGGCAGUAUGCUGGUUGAGCUAGGCAGCGGAAAUCUCCGCAAGAUUAAGAUUCUUCUAGAUGCUCUAGACGAAUUGGGUCGGGAAGUGGACUACUUCGCGUUGGAUGUUUCGUAUCAGGAGCUCCACCGGACUCUUAGCAUCGUGCCCCCGGGAACGUUUCGCCAUGUACGCUGCUUUGGGUUACUGGGAACCUACGAUGACGGUCACAACUGGAUGCAAUUGCCCGAAAUUCGUUCGCGAUCCAAGACCAUUCUCUCCCUGGGAUCAACAUUGGGUAGUUUCCAGCGGCCGGAAGCCGCCGACUUCUUGGCUAGUUUCGUCACCCCCGAAAACAAUUCGUCGCUGCUCAUCGGCUUGGAUGGAUGCAAAGAUGCCGAUCGGGUGCUGGCCGCCUAUAACGAUUCCGAGGGGUUCAAUCGGCGUUUCAUCAAGCACGGCCUUGAACGCGCGAACGAGAUCCUAGGGCCGGAUACCUUCGAUCUCGACAAAUGGGAUGUCAUUGGCCGCUGGGAUGCAGCGCAUGGAAGCCAUAACCAGUACUAUGUCCCCUCAGAUGAGGUGUCUCUAACGGGAGAGACCAUUCCAGCGGGCCGGAGCAUCUUGGCAAUCAAAAGCCACAAGUACGAUGCUGACGACAGGGAUGCGUUGUGCCGAAGAGCAGACUUGGCUGUUAGCGAUGCAUGGGCAUCUAAGAACCAAUACACUAACCCGCUCCCAGAUUUACUAUAUCUUGAGAAACCAUAG